CCUCCCCUUAACCAACAAGUCAAGAUCCUCACACUGUCCAAGGACUGUCUUUAUCGACGCGCUCUUUGGCAUCCUCCCUUUCUUUUCGAACGACCUUUACGACCCUUUUGAUUCCCACGUUUUAUUUUUCCCAACCCACAUCUAAUCACAAUGGCUGGCGGUGACACCAAGAAGGGCGCCUCCCUCUUCAAGACGCGUUGCGCGCAGUGCCACACCGUCGAGGCUGGCGGCGGCAACAAGAUCGGCCCGGCCCUGCACGGCCUCUUCGGCCGCAAGACUGGCUCCGUCGACGGCUACUCGUACACGGAUGCCAACAAGCAGAAGGGCAUCACCUGGGACGACGGCACCCUGUUCGAGUACCUCGAGAACCCCAAGAAGUACAUCCCCGGCACCAAGAUGGCCUUUGGCGGCCUGAAGAAGGAGAAGGACAGGAAGGACCUGAUUGCCUAUCUGAAGGAGUCCACCGCUUAAGCGACCCAGUGGCGGUACGUGGCGGUGUGUAUAACGAUACCAACCAUCUUUCCAGUUUUGUGAUAGACGGGGGACGCGGCGAUUGUACUAUAGAGCAACUAGAAUAGUUGAGACGCACCAUCACUGCGUGCUUGUUGUACUACACGAUACAAAGAAACUCCUCUUUUCGGCGGGA